AUGGGCAGUCUACCGGUAGAGCUCGACCAAUGCUCCGUGGCACCCAAUCUCUAUCCCAAUAGAAAGCCUGUGCCCCCUGCCCAGCGAGGGAUAGCUGCACCAUGCAGCACCGAGCAGUUCAAGACGAAGAGUUACAAGCAUAAGCCGCUCGCCAAACGAUGGCAUCCCUAUAUGAGCACCGAAUCGGCCAGUCGAACGGGAUCAUCUCUCAAGGCAUCUAUGAAACAUCUCGCGAAUCCAAAUGUCAUUUCUCUGGGAGGUGGAACUCCUCUCAGCGACUUUAUUCCCUUCGACGAGGUAGUUAUUCGACCUCCUUCUCUGGAGAAUCUCAAGACGGAUAAGAAGAGAAACUCGACAUCGGUAACGACGCUACAUGCCACGAAGCACGACAUAGCUGAUGGCACCAGCAUCUACGACCUCUCUGUGGCCUUGAAUUAUGGGCAAGGCUAUGGGUCGGCACAGUUCAUGCGUUGGAUCACGGAGCAUACAGAAAUCUUUCAUGAUCCGCCAUACUCUGACUGGCAAUGCUCCUUGACCAUUGGCAACACAUCGGCCUUUGACAUGUGUUUGCGGAUGUUGACUGAGCCGGGCGACUGUGUCUUGGCUGACAAGUACACAUUUUCAACUGCCAUUGAAACCGCCCAGCCUCUGGGCAUCAGCUUUGUAGGAGUUGACAUGGAUCAUGAAGGCAUGCUCCCAGAAAGCCUUGGCGAAGUGCUUGAGAAUUGGGACCCUGCAGCACACAAGAACGCUUGCAAGCCAUCUGUGCUUUAUGCCAUUCCGACAGGCCAAAACCCGACUGGCACCACUCAAAGCCUUGAGCGUCGCAAAGAGAUUUACAAGGUAGCCCAGCAGCACGAUUUGAUCAUCUUGGAAGACGAUCCAUACUACUUCUUGCAGAUGGACCCCUAUACCUCUUCUAAGAACAGCUCUGAUGCUGCCGGGAUUCGAUCUUCUACCGACUUCCUGAAAAAGCUCAUCCCGUCAUAUCUGAGUAUAGACGUUGAUGGUCGUGUUAUUCGUAUGGAUUCCUUCAGUAAGGUGAUCAGCCCCGGAGCGCGUCUCGGCUGGGUCACGGCUCCUGCGCAACUUAUUGAGCGAUACAAGUAUCACACAGACGUUUCUACCCAGAGCCCUGCUGGCCUGAGCCAGUUGGCCGUGUUCAAGCUCGUAGACGAACAUUGGGGACAUGCAGGCUAUGCCGAGUGGCUAAUGCACUUGCGCUCGGAGUACACAAGGAGACGAGACUUUAUCAUAUCCGCCUGCGAGAGGUAUUUGCCUAGGAAAAUUGUUAGCUGGGAGCCAACCGAAGCAGGCAUGUUUCAAUGGCUCAAAGUAGACUGGAAACAGCACCCUGAUGCCAAAACUAAGUCGGUUGAUGUUCUCGAAGAAGAGAUGUGGUUGGAAAGCAUCUCGACAGGAGCGCUGGUCGGUCGCGGGAGCUGGUUCCGUGCUUCGGCAGACGUGGCGCAUGACGAGGUCUUUUAUCGGACGACUUUUGCAGCGGCGCCGCUGCCCAAGAUUGAAGAAGCUGUGAAGCGAUUUGGCGAAACAAUUGAAAAGGUUUUCAAAAUUGAGCUCGAGGCCGGAGCUUCAAAAGUGUAUGACUAG